CGGCCAGCCGCACCACCACCACCACCAGCAGGUCAGUCAGUCUACCGUGAACCGUGGUCGUGAGCGUUGAUAGCCGCUGCCUCCGUCCUCGUCUCUGUUCCUUCUCUUCCUCACACACUCGCUCACCACCACUACCACCUCCACCAUCAUCCCCACCACAACCAUCGCCAUCAUGCUCAUGCCCGGCGCGCUACCCGCUUCCAUGCCUUCUGGCAUCACCACGCAAUCUAUGCACCACCAAGCGUUAGAGGCGCAAGGCAUAAACCAGAAGGACACCACCUUCACCAAGAUCUUCGUCGGCGGCCUGCCCUACCACACCACCGACAAGUCUCUCCGCGAGCACUUCGAAGUGUACGGCGAGAUCGAGGAGGCGGUGGUCAUCACGGACAGACAGACCGGCAAGAGUCGAGGCUACGGGUUUGUCACUAUGGGGGACAAGAUCGGGGCUGAGCGGGCCAUCAAGGAGCCCAACCCUGUAAUCGACGGCCGCAAAGCCAACGUGAACCUGGCUUACCUUGGCGCCAAGCCCAGGGGCACGGCGGCAGGUGAGGACUCUCUCUACGGCAUUCCCCUGACCGGCAUGCGAUACCCCACCGUGAUGCCGAGCCAGUACGGGAUGCAUCAUAACUACAUUUACCACCCGUCCUACCUGCCCACGGCGGCGGGUCUGCUCCCGGUAUCACACUCUGCCCUCAACCCGACGGCCGCCGCGCUCUCGGCCUCGCAGCAGGCCUACUUCGAUUACACGAGCGCUGCUGCAGCCGCCGCCUCGUACCCCGCCACCUAUCAGACCGCUGCCGCCACGGGGAUCGAGCCGUAUGCCGCCGCUGCCGCCGUGUCUGCAGGUGAGCUGCAAGCAGGGCGAGCAGCAGCAGCACACCAAGCCUCAGCUAUGUCCCAGUACGCCGCCGCGGUACCGGGCUACUCGUGGUCCCUACCGCCCGCAGCCACUGCCGCCGCCGCCGCCGCUGCAGCCGCCGGUACCAUGCAAAUGUCGCCCUACCAAGCCGCUCAGCCCCAGCUUCAAGAAGCUCGCAUGCAGUAGCCUCACUCGCAGUAUAGUGAUGUGUGUGCGUAUGUGUGUGUGCGCGGGCGCUGCUCCCUACAUUAUGAAAAGCCUGGUACAGCCUGCAAAUACAAGGUUUAACUUCCAGGCUUCUGCCACUCUGGUUGUGAACACUUGCCGAUCCCCCUCUCCCUCACAUCUCCGCCUCGCCCAACCCGCCCAAUACCCUCCCUCCGGCGCGGGGCAGCGAGUCGCGGGCGUGGGCGUGCGAGGACGUGCGUGUCGCCAGGCCGCGUUGGACACUCACACGCACGAGCCUCGGGGACGUCGGUGUUCAUGACAAUCUCCCGGCGGGAUCAUGAUGGUGAUCUCAGAUACAACGUUCGUAGUCAAAGGAAAGGGGAAAUAUUUGUUUACGUAGUGUUCUUUUUUACAGAUUAAUUCGACAUAGACUAUUGCAUUCAACGAAUAUAUUUUUGGGAGGUCUUUCGUCAUGGAAGUAACAUUUUAUACAGCACAUCUAAAGAAAACAACAUUUCAUCGCAUAAACUGUUUAUCAGUAAAGAAAAAAUUCAGGGAAAUAUCAGCGGCUUAGACAAGUCAAGGCCUCACUCAAAGGUUUGCGUGGGCCGCGAGAGAGCUCGAAGCAGUGGCGGCCAUCAUGUGAGGCAGGGAGGAAGCGGAGAGGACGGCCGCAGCGUAAAUAGUAGAUAAGUAGCCUACACCAUCUCCCAGUGUCUAUUUGCGAUCAGUGACGAUUGGUAGAAGAGUGGUGAAUAUAUUUUUUUGUUGAUCAUGUUAUUGUUACCAUUUAAUUUUAAUGUAGAGGUACAGCAUAGCAAAACUUGCCGAGAGCAUUGGUCCAUGAUUCCUGGCUGGUUCCGAUUCAUCCAUGAUUCUGGUUCCUGGCUGGUCUGUUCAGUCCAGGCUCUGGGUCUGGUUCUAGGGCUUUGGUCCCCUGGCUGGCUCUUUCCUAUCACGGGCUGUGGCCCAUCCUAUGUUUCCCAGGGCCUAAUGGCGUCUUUUGUUCUGGAUAUGUAUUUGAUUCCUUGUGCCGUUGUGGAUGGCCUGAACUGGGGCCGAUCCUCAGGAACUGAGAUGUUUACAGAACCACUUAAAUAAAUAUUUUGAUUUUCCGAAGUGCCUUACAAGAUAAAUGAGAAGUGGCUGACUUCUGCUACAACAACUUAGUUUUGUCAUUGCUCCACACCCACAGUGUAGCAUUGAAAUAAAUCUGCAUACCAAUGGCACAACCGCAGCUGUGUUGUUGACUCUUCUUUUAAUGAAAUGGUAAAAUUUCAGAAUUAUACACCCAAUUCAAGAUGGCUGACCUAACCGCCAAACACGAUAGAUACAGACCUAUCGCCGCUUGUAGAUUUUUUUUUAAGAUCUCAGAAACGUGUAAUUUUUUUAAAGAAUCGGUCAUCACCUUGAAAAUUAUCACCUUAAGCCUAAGAACCAACCACCAGAAUGAGUUGGGUGUAAUUCCAAAUAAAGGAACCUAUAUUGAGAACUACGUCUUGAUACCACUCUUUGGCUAUGAAAAUUCAUACUUAGUUUGUUUGUUCUGAUUUACAGCCAUUGAAACUGUAAGACUACUGAAGCCAAACUAUCCAUGUGCCUUCAGCAGUAAGCCAGCAAUGGGGCAGAACUGUCUGAGUGUUGGAAAUUCCACUCUACAUUCCUGUUCCCCUGAUGAGGCCAGCCAGCUGUUCUGUGAUCAUCACUUGACCAUCUUAAGAGACCCAGACAGUAAAACUGGAGUUUAAUUUGUAUGUGGAGGAAGGUGGUUAACUAAUAAAAGACAAGAAUACCAAACAUAAAAACAACAACAGCUUUUUUCCCUUCACAAUAUGAUGCCACAACUAAAAUGAAGUAUUUUUUGCAAAAUUUCCACUGCUUUGAUAAAAAUACUGAUGUAUAUAAUUAAACUUCAGUUUUACACCCAUCCCAUCAGUUUUUCAUUCAAUUGUUUCUUAGGCCAGCAGCCACGACGAAAAUUGGCAAGAUGUGUACUUUCCUUGGGCUUGUAAGCAUUUGCUCUUAGCAGUAAAGGGGAAAGGUUGCAUGGCUGUGGCAGGACUCUCUUUGUAUUGAAGUAAGGCUAAAAAUUUGGACAUAUGAAUGAAAAUUCUUCAUUUUAAUUUAUAAAACUUUUUACUUGCCAUUUUUUUACUAUAGGUACUCACUUCCAGAUGAUCACCUAGUUAUGAUAUUACAAAGCUUAUAUACUUGUCUUUUUUCAUAUUUUAUGAGAUUUGAUUCCAUAUCUGAGAGUUCUCUAUUUCCUGGAACUAGUGAUAUGUUUAUAACUUUUCCUCAUUACAUCAUUAUCAUGUAAAGAAUAGAUAUUUUGUUAAUAGCACUUAGUUAUUUGAUAAUCUGUACCUACUCAUGUAGCAUACCUAGGCCACCUGUCAUUAUUCAUAAUUUAAGUAGAUCAUAAGAUUAUCCUAAGUGCUUAUGUGUAGUAUUGAAACUUAGCCGUAGGAGUGCCUAGACCCUGCAUACUGUGGUCCUCUUGGCAACAUGCUAACUGGUCUGAUACCUGGUAGGUAUUUCAGCAAUCUUCAUGCAUUGCUCUUUGAAGGCCUUCAGAAAUGAAUGUACUGAACUAUGCAGUGGCCAGCCUGGCAUCACCAAAAAUGCCCUGCCAUUUCAAGGUCAGAAGCAUGACUGUCAUGAUGAUUUGCAGGUUUCCAAACUACACAGAAGCAGACAAAGUAUUUUAAGGUACUAGUUGAGCAAGCUAAGAUACAUUGGUAUGUAUGUAUUUAGGAUAUAACUGAGUAGAUUACAUUUAGUAAAAUUAUGAUACCCUCAAGUUUAAGUAAGUCGGCUUUGCCAAGCAAUAGUCAGGAUUAAGUAUUAUAUAUUAAUGUCUUUUUAUAUAUUAUUUACAUGAGAAAAUGUAUAAAGCUUCCCUAGAGAGGGAUGUUAUUCUGUAACAUCUAGUCAGAAUCUCUGCAUCAGUGUCAAGCCUGUGCCAUACGUUGCUCAGCCUCUCUGGCCCCGGAAGGUGUUUACAUGUCACUUGACUGCAGCACCUCUCACAAGCUGAAAUACCUGUCGCCAAAGUUAUUCCCUUGUGAACAGCUGUGAGCCUUGUUGGACACACAGCUUUGCCAUAAAAUGGCAUUCAUGGCUGUUGCCUAUCACAAUAUUAAUGCCUUAAAGGGAACUGUUCAUAAUCAUGGGAGCAGUUUUCUAAGUAAAUGUUUGGGCUAAAGUUCUUUAAUGGUUCAGUUUAGAUCAGCCAAAAGAGAUUUAUUGGAGUUAGAUCUUUAGAAAUCUUGAAACCUUACCAUUCAUGUAACUUAUUAAUACAUUAAUUUUAUGACACCUGAAUUUAAAAAAGAAUGGCAUUCAUUUUCUGUUGCUCCAUUGCUAACUGGUGCAGCAAAUUUGGAUGCUUACCUAACAGAUUUUGUCUGAUUUUUUUAUAUUAAUUUUAACAAAUUUAAUAUCUACCUUUGCUGUUAUGAAACUGAAAAUACAUAUGUAGUAUACAGAUAUGUACAGCAUAUAAUUACUUCAUUAGCAUAAGCCAACAUCUUUUACAGAAUGGUUUCAAAUUUCCAUUUAUGUCAAUCACUUAUUUUCUAAUACCAGAGUUGGGCACUACAAAUACAAAUGCAAGCCACAGCCUCAGUUUCCUUAUUUAUUGGCUGGAUACCAUUAGAGGAUUUUAUUAAGUUCAGAAUGAGAUUUCCAUAAUAAAGGGGUUCACAAUACAGUUAUAUCUUUAUUUUUUCUAUUCUGGCAAACUUUAUAAAAUCACUUGUAAGCCAGCAUAGUGGAAUAAGAUGUUAUCUUUGUAAAAGAAUAACCAGAAAUUAUUUCUAACCCUUUGAUUACAAAAAUGUGACCCUAAACAUAAUGAACUUUUUAAUGGUAUCCAGAAUAAAAGAAUAACAUGAUGUGGCUUGCAUUUGUGUUGUGAUGCUCAGCUUUGUCUAAUGCCAAUGGUAUUAAGAGAUUGAUUUAAAAUUCCCGUCUACAUCAGUCGCUGAAUAGUUGUUACCAAAGAAUGAAUAUCUUAAGCUGCACCGCCAGAUUUGGGACAGAACAACUAAUACUAGUGGAAUUUUGGUGUACAAGUGAUUGAUAUUUAUCAGUGCAUGUGCAAACCUUUGAAGCAGCUCUCUUUGAUGCCAUGAGUAAAGGGCCAGAAAUAUCACAGCACUAGAGUUAUAUUUACAAAAGACAAAACUUGGCAAUAGGGGUAAACAGAAAGGAUCUGUGCCUGCCCUAUCAUUUAUCUAGUCAAGAAGUGUAAUGCCUUUAGCUCACAUGUACAGUACAGGUUGCCUUAUAAGUGCCUUGGAUUUACAUGAUUGUAUGCAGCUUUUGAGACAGGAGGUUUUGGAAGAGAAAAAUAAGUGGAAGUAGAUUUUAUUGUAGUUGUAGAAAUAGAUAACCACUCACAAUGAAGACUUGUACUUCCAGUAGUACCGUUUACUGUGGCUUCUUAGCAAAGUCAGCCAAUUAAGGUAUGUGAUGAUGAACAGAAAUACUGACUGAGUAAAGGUGAACACAAUCAACAAAUAAAAAUUAUGUCUGAAAGGGAGGAGUUACUUGGGAUCUAUAAGACGCACAAACAUGCCUUACUGAUAUAUUUCCAUCAAUAUUUUUAAUUAAUAGCCUUUGUUGCAAUGCAUCUACUUUGUUGAAAUUAACUUGCAUUAUUGUCUUAAUAGAUUGAUUUCAUAUACAGCUUUGCAAGUCAAUAGAGCCUAAGGAAAACACACAUGGUGGCACUGAGAUUAACAAAACAUACAAAGGCAGGUCAAUCAAGAGGUUGUUGUAGGAUUUGAAUGUUUUUAGUACCAAUGUGAAAUUCUAUAUUGUACAGAUGCAGACAAAAGUGAGUUUAUGGUUCUCAGUCAUCAAGUUGUGCCACUAUUGUGACUGCCAGACACCACGAUAGAUAAUGGCGAUAGCUCAGCAAAAAAACCUGAGUGUAUGCCCACUUACAUCUCAUGGCUGUUUAGCUAAUACACAUGAACUGUUGGUUGGUCAUUGCUUGUUGCAGCUCAGUAUGGUUUCAUUUAGGUAGGAAUGCUACUUCCAACAUUACACAGACAAUAGUUACAACAGUGCUAGUUUAUGGAUGGGUUUCAGUUUAUCCAUCAUUGUUUCAUGCAAAUAUUUUGUCUUGCAGUUGUGUAAAUAAUAAUUAAAAUGAUGAACAAUACAAAAUUAUGCACUAACAGCAUGCUAGAACAAGUUAGUGUGCAGUUUCCUGAUUUUCGCAAGGCUUUCAGAACCACAAUGUCAGCACACAUGAGGCCAUGCACAUGUAUUGAUCAAGUAGCAUCAGUAAGCUCUAUUUCCAUCAAUUUACCAAAGUUUAUGUGAUUUUUCUUUCACUCAUAUAUUCUUUAUUCUUUGAUUUUCCUCCUUUUGUGGUACAAUGUUAAGAGUCUGCCACCACCGGAAAUUCAUAAUUUUACAAAUUUUGAGAAGUUCAUUGUAUUUGGCAAUUAGUUUUAAUUAUAAAUACUUAGUCUAAUGUAACCUCCAUGCAGUCACAUGCUUUUUAAUGCAUCCUUAGUUGAUAGUACCAGCUUCUUCCUCCUAGGGAUACAUAAGCAGAUAGUUUCCGUCAGAUAUCUAACACUAAGCAAGGCUUUUGCAAAACCUGACUGUAGCAUAAAUAUAAACCAUAGUGUGUAAUAUUUAAAUCAGUUCAAGUUAACUACAACUGUUAGAAAAAGAAUCAAGGAAUCCCUUAAUUAUUUUCAUUUCUAUUAAAGCAUAUCAACCAUGUUAUUUGACAUGAAUGUGUUGACAAAAAAAUAGCGUGACGACAGUUUUAUGGAGUGAUGGUAAUGCAAGAGUUAGUGCCUUUUAAAGUAUAGUCUGGAAACGUUCACUGUCUUGUUAGAGAAGACUGAACGUUUUUGUAAGAACUUCAAUAAGGUUAAUCAAAGUUAAGGUCUUAUACAAAACAUACAGUGCCUUUUUGAGAGUAACUUUUACAAUUUCUAAAGUGGAUGUAUGUCAUGUAAAAAUGUUGUGUAGUAUUAACAGUUGUGUCUCAGACAGGAGAGAACACAUUUGGGCAGUCCGUUUAGACUGUCAUGUUCUAGGGAUUUCAGUCACCUUGCCUUUUAUAUAUAUAUAUAUAUAUAUAUAUAUAUAUAUAUAUAUAUAUAUAUAUAUAUAUAUAUAUAUAUAUAUAUAUAUAUAUAUAUAUAUAUAUAUAUAUAUAUAUAUAUAUAUAUAUAUAUAUAUAUAUAUAUAUAUUUCAGGUAUACAAGGGCAUUAUAUUAGCUCAUUAAUUUAAUUUUCAUAGAAUCUAAGAUGCAUAUGCAGUAUAGUAUAUAAAGAAAUUUAAUUAUGUAUUUAUUGUUACAUUAUACUGUUAUCAACUUUGUAGCCAUAUUUCUUUGCACAAAAUUGGACCACUUAAAAAUGCAUUUGCUUGACCCUUGUCCUUGAUAGGUUACAGUGAAAGUAGAAAACUGGAUUUCAGGUUGCCAAAAUGUCUCGGCCAAGAGUCAGCUGGGCAGUAUUUAGGGUACAGGUUGUUAUGCAGCAUCCCUGGUGCCCUACACAUUUAUUUAUUUAUUAUUUUUUUUACGUUUGUCUAUGGCACUGGUAGGCUUUCUUGGUGAGACCUGAUGGUCGGUCCUGGCCUGUUGUGGCACAGGCAAGUGUUUAUAGUGGUGCCAUCUUGUUUGGCUCAUGCUGCCCCCCGGAGCUUAUCAUUGACCCUCUCCUUUACAGAGAAUCUAGAGUCUGGGUUGAUAGAUGGUUUUUUGGACAACAUGUGGGCAGUCUUAGGCCAAUUCCUGGCCUGGAGGAAGGGUAAGGUAAUUAUAAAAUCUUUGAUAUAUAUAGGGCGGUCAGUCAUCACUGCAGAUUCAAAUUUCUGAAUGGCUUGAUUGGAUAGAGGAUUGUUGUCCAGUAUGAUAAUGCCUUCAGCUUCAAGAUGAAGGUAUUUAGAGGUGCUUUGAUUGGUCAUGUGGGUAGCACAACAGGUACUGCACUUCUAUAAAUACAAAUGCAGUACUUCUACUUUACAUGGGGAGAAACACAAAACAGAAAUGGGUGCCAUUGCUUUGCCAUCACUAUCAUGGGAAGGGAUAAUCAUAGCAAGACAAGUAUUAAUACAUAUAUCUUUAUUUGGGCGGCAUUUUGAUUCUAAUGUGAAUCAUCUUCCGCCAUAAAAAUAUCAUAGAAUCUGACACACAAAUAUUAUACAUUACUUAAAUAGGAUAAAAUGUCUAAAAAACAAAUAUAAAAUGAAAACAUGUCAUCUGUGGAAGUUUGGGAGUAUUACUAACCAUUAAAUUAAGUAGUGACACUAUGUGAGUGACAUACCAUGUGUAUGAGUUUGAUUUAAUGUUUGGGGAAUGGAAAAAAAAAAAAAAAAAUAUAUAUAUAUAUAUAUAUAUAUAUAUAUAUAUAUAUAUAUAUAUAUAUAUAUAUAUAUAUAUAUAUAUAUAUAUAUAUAUAUAUUAAGUAAAAACUAUUAUCUCUGGGUGUGGAUGUCUCCACAAAUCAAAUAAAUUGGGAACAACAUAAUUGUAUGACGACAAAAAUAUAGUCGAAUCUUAAGAGCAAAUUAGAGAUCUGGAGGAAUGCUGUGUGCAUAGUGUAGGCUGUAGACGCCUAGUCAAGAGGGACUGCAGUAAGCCACGACAGGUCAUCAGAGGAAGGAUAAGAGAAUUAUAAAAUCUUUGGUAUAUAUAUAGGGUGGUCAGUCUUCAUUGCAGAUUCAAAUGGCUGAAUGGCUUGAUUGGAUAAGAGGUUUGUUGUCUGGUAUGAUAAUGCCUUAAGCUUAAAGAUGAGGGUAGUUAUAGGUGCUUUGACUGGUCAUGUGGUUAGCACAACAGCUACUGCACAUGUAUAAAUACAAAUGCAGUACUGUACUUGCACUUUACUGGGCAAGUUCAGUUUGUGCAUCCCACAGUAGAUUUUUUAUUUGGAUAUUUUGUAGGUAUGAGGGUGGCAAAAUCCAUGGUAGUGAAUGGCAGUGAGCUGUGAAAAUGGAGGACUACCUUGAAGUACAGUUUGAGGGUGUUCACCCAAGAAAUGACCGUAUAUUAUUGAUUUAAGUACAUAAUUGCAAGGAUCUUCUAAUCUAAACAAUAGCAAAACACAAUGUUGGACUACUAGGAAAUAAAAACCUGAGUGAAAAAUACCAUGAAAUUAUUAAUAAGUAUCAAUAAAUUUACAUUUUUAACGAGAAAGAAAAAUGAAAAUUAUAUUCAAUCUCUCCUGGGGAGGUGCCUCACCUCGCCUCGCUUUUCGUGUGGCCACAAAAACUCGCUUUGCCGCUCUCGCUCUCUUUCUCGCUCCCUGUGUGGCCACGGCCUAAUGGGGUUGACGUAAAAAUGGUGUGUGUUCGUGUGUGUGUGUGUGUGUGUGUGUGUGUGGAGAGAGAGAGAAUUAUCAAGACUAGGCUAUUGGCGACAUAACCCACCGUUAACACCUCCACACACACAGACAACUGGCGCCUUGAUGUCUGUCCUCAUGCCAAUCCUUAACGACAAUCGUCAGCGUGUGUGGGGUUUCGUCUAUGACGCCAAGCCUUAACCCUUUCCAUCCGUGACGCAGACGUCGGUGUCACAGUAUGGAAAGGGUCAAGAGAAAAUGGAAGAGGAUUAAUUCUCUUCUAAACCUCUCAAUCCUCCUCUAAAUUCCUCUUAAUCCUCUUCCAUUUCCUCCUAAGAGGUUUAGAAGAGGACUAACGGUGACGCCGUUGGACGCCCGUCGGACGCUGACGUUGGCGUCGCCAGAGUGAAGGGGUUAAGGCAAGUCCACAAAUGAUUGUCCUCACAGAAUCGUGAUGCCAGUCCUCUGUGUGUGUGUGGGCAGCUUUAGUCUGGUAAAUCGAGGGCCAAGUGCAGAAGUUAUGAUCCAGUUUUUAGCACUCAUUUGAUAACUUCAUUAUUAACUUUUAACCCUUAGAGUACGGAUGGCAAUGUAUUUCUUUGGAUGCUGUGCACGGGGAAAAUUUAGACAUUUAAAAGAGGUGGAAAUGGUGUCUUUCUUCUUUGCAAUAAUUGUAUAUUCAUCUAGCAUAUAUGGUGGUGUAAUAAAACUUCUCUCCUAAUAAUAAUAAAAAAAGUUAUGACAGCAGAAAAUAUUGCACAUUUUCUUGUGGCUGUGACCCGUCAAGUGGAAGCACCCCACUCGCUCUCUCUCUCUCUCUCUCUCUCUCUCUCUCUCUCUCUCUCUCCUUGCCUCUCCCUCCUCUGUCAAUGUCACUACCAUAGCAGUCAUCAGUCACUGUCACUUUGAUUCCCCCGCGCUCUACUUCCGCCUGGAGCAGAGGAACUGCUUGACACGUCACGAGACAUGACAGAUGUAUUCCGAACAAAAGUGGAAAAUGAUCUGUGGCCCUCGGUAAUCCGUGCGCUGGAGACGAAUGAGUGUGUAUGGAUGCCAGAUGCCUCCACCAUUCUUCUGAGUCAAGAACUGGCAGUAUAUUUGAAACAUAGGGAGAGUAGAGUGUGAUGAUUAUAUAUAUGAUCCCCGUAUGGGUGGGGCGUGUGGUAGCGUACUAAUAUAUAUGAUCGCCAUAAUCUAAGGGUUAAAAGGAACAUGCAUUAGUAGAUAAUGUGCAGUAGCAUGAUACAUUGAAAAACAAUUAUUUCUUAAUGAUAACCAUUGCUGAAAAUCCUUCAUACUAUCUAUGCGUAUUAAAUUGUAAGACACAAAUGAGCUACCCUUGUUUCCACAUUUACAAAUUAAGUGCACACAUCAACAUUGAAAAACAUAAAUAUUUUUCUUUGUUUAGUUGCUUUUAAGUGUCUUCUACUAUGAAGGCUCAUACCACAUGAAGGUUUGUGUAUAUGACCACAUGAAGGUUUGUGUAUAUGAAAUUAAGGCCAUGUGUCAAUGUAACUUCCCACAAUGGAUGUGCUUGAAACUAACAUGCCAGCUUUUUAGUUUGUCUUCUGGUGUACUUGCUCAUCUUCUAUAACACUGUAGUCACAUUUCAUCACAACCAAGGUCACAGCAUGUGAACAAUGUCUACCUUCUGUUGAGAGAAAAGGAACCACAACAAGAAAUCAUUCAAAAUAUCUUUUCCUUGAUUAAGCAAUGAAACUUGGACUUUGUUCCUCUUCACUCAACAGAAGAUAGACAAUUUAAAUAAUGUGACCUUUGUUGUCAUUAAACAGGACUCAGUGUCAUAAAAGGUGAGCAAGGGCAUCAGAAGAUAAACCAAAAAGCUGACAUGCUAGUUUCAAGCACAACAACUUGAAACAUUUAUAGAUUGCCACAACUGGGGCUCUAGUCUUGCUGAAUUAUUCAAUAUUCAGAGAUGUAUAAAUCCCUCCACUUCUAAUAUGUAAAAAUAUUAAAAAACUUGAACAUACUGCACUGUACAGUAGCAGCUGACAUACAGGUAGACCUCGAGUUACGGCCAGGUUUGGUUCCGACAGGCAGGUCGUAAGUCAAAAAAUAAUAAAAUAAUAUUCGAAUGUCCCUCUGUGGCUACAACUCGGCAACAUGCCAAGAUGAAUCAGAGCCUGGGAGAGCAAAUCAGGUCAUGUACCCCAGGCUUUUUUUUUUUUUUUUUUUUUUUUUUU